UCUCUCGCUGUCCACACUUUUCUCCUCCAUCCCUUUCCUUUCCCUUCCUCCUGAUAUUUUUUUUUCUUCUAAAUUCCUUAGGCUUUCUGCAAGUACUUACAGUCUAAAUUAUAGAGAUAGAUUUCUUACCUUAGUUACAAAUAUCAACUCCUUGGCUAGUUGAGUUUCUGUUGUUUUCUUUGUUUUCAAUUGUUUUGCACUUUGGUAUAGCCUUCUUAAGGUCUCUCUAGAUCUAUGUGGUACCAAAGCAUAUAGAGUUGUUGAAACAUGGGAGGUUCUUCCUUUUUUUUCCUCUUUGAUUAUAUUAGGCUGAAGGAUUGUUUGGUGAAGUUCCCUUCAGCAGUGUCCUAAAGGCCUUUUCUUGUUGCUCUUUUUUUCUUGUUCCUUUUUUUACAAAAAAAAAUAUAUCGGAAUCCUAACUUAAAAGCAUUUCAUUCUUGCUUGUGGAUAUAUAUAGUUGAGAUCUGUUUGAAAGUCUAUCAUCAUCCUACUUCGUUUCUUCAUCUUUUUCGUAUGUUUUUGAUGUAGAAUUGUUGGUUAUAUAUGCUUCAAUUAUUAGAUCUUUAUAUUGUAGUUGAGAGUAAAACAUAGAUCUCCUUUGAGUGGUUGAGUUCUAUCUCCCCUUGUAGCCCAUCCGAGGUUUUAUCCCGUUUCCAACUGAAAUUAAAGCAAGUUUGAUGAUGGAAGGGUUGGGAAUCCAAAAGCACCAAGCCGCGGAGGAGAACAUGUCGAACCUCACUUCUGCCUCUGGUGAAGCCAGCGUCUCUUCAAACCAGCAGUCCUCUUUUGCCAUUCCGAACCCAAAUCCAGUCAAAAAAAAGAGGAGCCUUCCAGGAAACCCAGACCCGGAUGCUGAAGUGAUAGCACUGUCCCCCAAGUCGCUGAUGGCAACCAAUAGGUUCGUAUGCGAGAUCUGCAGCAAAGGUUUCCAGAGAGACCAGAACCUGCAGCUCCACAGGAGGGGUCAUAACCUCCCAUGGAAGCUGAAGCAGAGGAGCAGCAAGGAGGUGAGGAAGAAGGUGUACAUCUGCCCAGAGGUCGCAUGCGUGCACCAUGAUCCCUCCAGGGCUCUCGGGGACCUCACCGGGAUCAAGAAGCACUUCUGCAGGAAGCAUGGGGAGAAGAAGUGGAAAUGUGACAAGUGCUCCAAGAAAUAUGCUGUUCAGUCUGACUGCAAAGCCCACACCAAGAUCUGUGGCACAAGGGAAUAUAGGUGCGACUGUGGAACCCUCUUCUCAAGAAGGGACAGCUUUAUCACCCACAGAGCCUUCUGUGAUGCAUUGGCUGAAGAGAGUGAGAGAGCUAUCGCAGCAAACACUGUGGCUGAUGACCAUCCACCGCUGUGCUCUCAGGCCGCAGCAUCCCAUGACCCCUCUACUCUUCCAAAUGCUAGCGUACAGCAAGCCCAGUUCCCGCACCUGCCCUCUACUCUUCCAAAUUUUAGCGUACAGCAAGCCCAGUUCCCGCACCUGAUGAGAACCACAGAGGCCAGCGCCAGCACUGGAAGCAGUCAGGGUCUCCAAGAGCUUUCGCUAAAAGGAGAGCACCAGGAGCAGGAUUAUUUCAGCAUGAGACCGGGAAUCCCGCCAUGGAUAGCCUGCCAGGGCCCUGGUCCACCACUAGACCUCUCUGCCUCUAUUUACUCGACGAGGUUGGGACCUGAGUUCCAAAAUGAGAACCAACCCCCAAACCCACCUGUAUACCAGACCUCAGCAGCCACACCUCACCUGUCAGCCACUGCACUGCUCCAGAAGGCAGCUCAGAUGGGUGCAAGCAUGAGCAGACCUCCAAACAGUGGUCAGAUGGCAGCUCACACCAUCAGUGCUGCUGGUUUUGGCCUCGGCUUGUCUUCACACCAAGAGAUGUGGGGGGGUGGGGAUGGAGGUGGCGGUCAUGUGCUCAAAGAUAUGAUGAUGGCUUCUAUGUCAUCAGCUCCUGGUCUUGGUGGAGGGUCCUUUGGGGGAGCCUUGGGUGGGAUACUGGGCUUGAAGAGAGAGGGCAAUGGUGUUGAGGACCUGACAAGAAGCCAUGGAAGAAUGAACGAGGGAGGAGGAGGAGGAGGAGGAGGUCGUGGUGGGAAUGAUGGAAUGACAAGAGACUUCCUGGGUCUUAGGACCUUCUCCCAUAGGGAGAUUCUCAACAUGGCUGGGCUGGACCCUUGCAUGGCCUCCUCUUCCUAUGAGCAGCUCCAAGAGAACAACGAAACAUGGCGUGGGUAGUUUGCUCAAAUGGAACUGGUAUGAAUAUCUUUUCUUUCUUUUUAAAAGCUUCUGUCUUCUUCCCAAAGGGAGGAAUCUUUGUUUCUACAUCUUUAUUUCUUCUAAGUAGGAUUCAUCAUAAGCUAGCUUUAUAAUAUCCUAUGGCACUUUAAUAUUUACACAUGUUGCUAUAUAAAUGUCUGAUAAAUAAUAAUCUUCCUCAUGUGCUUCUAUGCUGAGGGUAAAUCCUUUGUAUGCCGUGCAUGUUUAAUGCUACGGGAAUUACUAUUUUUGAAACAAGAGAAAUGCUAGGGAAGUUUAGAUUA